UCGGAGCGGACGGUGGUUAGUGUCCCUGGGAGGCCGCGGGUCGGAAGCGGCGCUAUGUGGUACCGGGUGGCGAGCAGCGCGGGCCGGAGCCUGGGCCCGGCCCUGGGCGCUCUGGGCUCCCGGCAGAAGCACAGCCUCCCGGACCUGCCGUACGACUAUGGCGCCCUGGAGCCGCACAUCAACGCCCAGAUCAUGCAGCUGCACCACAGCAAGCACCACUUGGCCUACGUGAACAACCUGAACGCCACCGAGGAGAAGUACCAGGAGGCGCUGGCCAAGGGAGAUGUGACGGCCCAGGUAGCUCUUCAGCCUGCCCUGAAGUUCAAUGGUGGGGGCCAUAUCAAUCACAGCAUUUUCUGGACAAACCUCAGCCCUAAUGGUGGUGGAGAACCCAAAGGGGAGCUGUUAGAAGCCAUAAAGCGUGACUUUGGCUCUUUUGAGAAGUUUAAGGAGAAGCUGACGGCGGUGUCUGUUGGUGUCCAAGGCUCAGGGUGGGGUUGGCUUGGCUUCAAUAAGGAGCGGGGACAGCUCCAGAUUGCUGCGUGUUCAAAUCAGGAUCCACUGCAAGGAACGACAGGCCUUAUUCCACUGUUGGGAAUUGAUGUGUGGGAACAUGCUUACUACCUGCAGUAUAAAAACGUCAGACCUGACUACCUGAAGGCCAUCUGGAAUGUAAUCAACUGGGAGAAUGUAGCUCAGAGAUACAUGGCUUGCAAAAAGUAAAACACGAUCAUUGUAUUGAAUGUGUCAAGUUCUUUAUGACUAUUUUUGUAGUAGAGUAUGAAAUAUACUAAUAAAUAUUAUAGCAUUUGUUAAUGUUGCUUAUCCACAUUUUUGAUUAAUGUUAUACAUAAUUUCAUAUUUUAAAAUUGCAUUAUUACUCCACUCUUUAAGAAUGUAAAAGCUCUGUAAUUUAGUCUUGACUGAACACUUUCUCGAGAGCCAUUAUUGAGAGGAGGUUAUAGCUGUUAUCAUAAAACCAUCAAACCUUUUCCACCCUUGUAUUUUGAAGCCUGUAAAGAAACCUUCUUAUUCCUAUUGUAUUGCAGUUUUACAAAGUCCAGUCUUUUGCCUAAGUUGUUUAGCAGUGAUGUAGAAAAUGGAGCAUUUCCCCUCUCUUUUAAGAAUUGCCCUUUUUACUAGAGAUCCCUGGUCCUGCUAGGGCUGGACGUCACCAUGGCCUUCAUUUAUGGUCACGUGUACCCAUGGUAACACCAUUUUGCCACUUAAAAAAAAAAUGUAACGGGCUGGGGAGGUCACUUAGUUGUAGAGCUCUUGCCUGACAUGUGCAAGGCCAUGGGUUCUAUCCCCAGUACCACAGAACAAACCAAUCCUUCAGAACCUGAGUGCUAAUUGAGAGGAGAUAAUUGUGUGACUGGAUUUUUCUGUAAGUAGAAAUACAAAAAGCUUUAAUAGGAAGCUUGCUUUCAAACAUAGAAGGAUAUGCGAAAUAGAAGUGUUCAGAGUGCAGAUUUGGGCACACUUAAGUGCUUUCCCUUCGUUCAGUCUUCUCAGUGUACCUCUCAUCCAGCCCUGGGCUGGAUGAGGUGGCAUCUGGUAGAGGCAAAUUAAUCUUGGGAUGGAGUCCAGUAGUGUGUCUCCUUGAGAAGUGUUUGCUUUCAAAGACAUUUUCACUUAUUCUGUACUUUGUGAUUUUUUUUGUGUGUUUUGUGUAUAGCCUCUACACCAUCUUUAUGUUGUUUUUCAAUAAAGGGAACAUUCUUCCCCCAGUAAGUGAUUCAGCAAU